ACCGGGACUCUGCGCGCAAAUAAGGCUUUGAACGCAGCGGACGACCGUCUCUCGGACGUUAUACGUGACGGCUCGCUCGGGCGCCUUGCCGCAAAGCCAGUUUACGGGACUUGCUAGCAGGCUGUUUUCGCUAGCUCUUAAUGCUAAGCUAAUUAGCUUAGCCUGGGCUAAUGGCAGCACGGUAGGGGGCCAGUUAGCUCAGUAGCAAACACGAACAAAGGGUCCCUCCAGUUUGAGGACAAAUGGGAUCAGAUGCGCCCGAUUGUCCUUAAGUUGCUUCGCCAGGAGUCCGUAACUAAGCAGCAGUGGUUCGAUCUGUUCUCAGAUGUUCAUGCCGUCUGUUUAUGGGAUGACAAAGGCCCUGCAAAGAUCCACCAGGCUCUUAAGGAGGACAUCCUAGAUUUUAUUAAGCAAGCCCAGGCGAGGGUGCUCAGUCACCAAGAUGACACUGCUCUCCUCAAGGCUUACAUCGUGGAGUGGAGGAAGUUCUUCACACAGUGUGACAUUCUGCCUAAGCCAUUUUGCCAGCUUGAGAUCACCUUGAUGGGCAAGCAAGGUAGCAACAAGAAGUCCAAUGUGGAGGACAGCAUAGUGCGGAAGCUGAUGUUGGACACUUGGAACGAAUCCAUCUUUUCCAACAUUAAGAAUAGGUUGCAGGACAGUGCGAUGAAGUUGGUACAUGCCGAAAGGCUCGGAGAAGCUUUUGACUCUCAAUUGGUCAUUGGGGUGCGCGAGUCCUAUGUGAACCUGUGUUCCAACCCUGAUGAUAAGUUGCAAAUCUACAGGGAUAACUUUGAGAAAGCCUACCUGGACUCCACUGAGAGGUUCUACAGGACACAGGCACCCUCCUACCUGCAGCAGAAUGGAGUACAAAACUACAUGAAAUAUGCAGACGCUAAGUUAAGGGAGGAGGAAAAACGUGCACUACGGUAUUUAGAGACGCGACGUGAAUGUAAUUCUGUUCAAGCACUUAUGGAAUGUUGUGUAAAUGCACUGGUGACGUCAUUCAAAGAAACCAUCUUGGCAGAAUGUCCUGGGAUGAUCAAACGCAAUGAGACUGACAAGCUGCACCUGAUGUUCUCCCUGAUGGAUAAAGUUCCCAGUGGAAUUGAGCCCAUGCUAAAAGACCUGGAGGAACACAUAAUCAGUGCUGGGCUGGCCGACAUGGUUGCUGCUGCUGAGACCAUCACAACUGACUCGGAGAAGUAUGUGGAGCAGCUUCUUACCCUGUUCAACCGCUUUAGUAAACUUGUGAAGGAAGCAUUCCAGGAUGAUCCUCGAUUCCUCACAGCCAGAGAUAAAGCAUACAAAGCAGUCGUAAAUGAUGCCACAAUAUUUAAGCUGGAGCUGCCAAUGAAGCAGAAAGGAGUGGGCCUCAAAACGCAACCUGAGUCCAAGUGUCCAGAGCUGCUAGCCAACUACUGUGACAUGCUGCUGAGAAAGACCCCACUUAGCAAGAAGCUUACGUCUGAGGAGAUUGAGCUGAAAUUAAAAGAAGUGUUACUGGUGCUGAAAUACGUCCAGAAUAAGGAUGUGUUCAUGAGGUACCAUAAAGCUCACCUGACGAGGAGGCUGAUCCUGGACAUUUCAGCAGAUAGCGAGAUAGAGGAGAACAUGGUUGAAUGGUUGAGGGAAGUUGGCAUGCCCGCCGAUUAUGUCAACAAGUUGGCUAGAAUGUUCCAGGACAUUAAAGUCUCAGAGGAUCUAAACCAGGUCUUCAAGGAGAUGCACAAGCACAACAAGCUUGCUUUACCAGCCGACUCGGUCAACAUAAAGAUCUUGAACGCUGGAGCGUGGUCUCGCAGCUCGGAGAAGGUCUUUGUGUCGCUACCCACUGAGCUGGAGGACCUUAUUCCUGAAGUAGAAGACUUCUACAAGAAGAAUCACAGCGGCAGAAAACUCCAUUGGCACCACCUUAUGUCCAACGGCAUUAUCACAUUUAAGAACGAAGUGGGCCAGUAUGACUUGGAGGUCACUACUUUUCAGCUGGCCGUUCUCUUUGCCUGGAACCAAAGACCCAGGGAAAAGAUUAGCUUUGAAAACCUCAAGCUUGCCACUGAGCUACCCGACGCCGAGCUGAGACGCACGCUUUGGUCGCUUGUUGCCUUUCCAAAACUCAAACGGCAGGUCUUGUCGUAUGAACCUCAAGUGAGCUCUCCCAAAGAUUUCACAGACAGUACUUUGUUCUUUGUUAACCAGGAGUUCUCCUUGAUAAAAAACUCAAAGGUGCAGAAGAGGGGAAAGAUUAACUUGAUUGGCCGCCUACAGUUGACUACAGAACGAAUGAGGGAAGAGGAAAAUGAAGGCAUUGUUCAGCUUAGGAUAUUAAGAACACAGGAGGCUAUCAUUCAGAUCAUGAAGAUGCGGAAGAAGAUCACCAACGCCCAGCUGCAGACAGAGCUGGUGGAGAUCCUGAAGAACAUGUUUCUUCCCCAAAAGAAGAUGAUCAAGGAGCAGAUCGAGUGGCUUAUCGAGCACAAGUACAUAAAGCGUGAUGAGUCGGACAUAAACACCUUCAUUUACAUGGCGUAGCACUGAGGUUUACGCUGGAGAUGCUUAUUGUUCUGAUCACGGUGAAGAUGGUGAAACCUGCAGGAGGACAGCAGUGGGAGAGGGGUACUAAAGCCGUGGAGAAACCACACUGGCUGCUGAUCUUCUUGUGGAGCGACGGGCUUGUUUUCAAUGACCGACAGUCACACACCAGAAUAGCUCAUUUAAAGAAAAUCCCUGCCUUACCUUACAGUAAAGAAACAUGAGUUGAGGAUGGGAGUUUUCAGAGGAAAAAAAAAGACAAAACGGACUCUAUUUUUGCCAACUGGUAGUCAGUAUGCAUGGUGGGUGGUUUGCCUUUUUUUGUGAGUGUCUACAUCUCCAACAGCAUGCCGUCAGUGGGAAUGUCUUAGUCAUCCAAGGACCUGUUUGUGUGUGCUGUGUUUGUGUGCCCUUCCCCCUUCCCUCUCUCCCAGCCAUCCGUCUGGGCCAGACUGUGUCCACUCUCCUCCUCCUUCCCUGGCCCACAGCUCUCAAUGCACCUGCUGCUGUCACCAUCCUCCAGUGGACAUUGGCCAUUCUUACAGGUUCCUACAGCUCCCACUGCAGCCACACAGGAGCCCUCAACAGGAUGGAGGACUUGAGCGUUAGCACUUUACACACUCUGCCACACUGUCAGCAUGGCUUUCUUUCUUUCAUCUAUUGUGUGUGUGUGUGUGUGUGUGUGUGUGUGUGUGUGUGUGUGUGUGUGUGUGUGUGUGUGUGUGUGUGUGUGUGUGUGUGUGUGCGCGCGCGUGGGUGUAUUUUUCUUUGUUUUCUUUCUUUCUUUCUGCGAAAUCGCUUCUGAACUCAAGAUAGCUGAUUGACACAGUGUGUUUAUGCUGCAGGAUGUCCAUCCAUAUGUCACAAAAAAAACCUUCACGUUCCUUUCCUCAUAUCCUUCAUAUCCUUUCCCUGGCCUACACUGCAUCGAGCAUCAUCUGCCUCUACUCCUCGUUUAGGAGGAGGAUGAUAUGGAUGUUUAGUAGGUGUUAACUAGCAACAGCAACCUCCUGUUAUUGUUGUUAUUGGGGUAUUACAAGCCUGUAAGGUCACUGAACUUUUAUAUUUGUGGUUUUUUUUUUUUUUUUUUUUUUUUUUUCUUCAUUCUUGAGUGGAGGCAGAUGAAAAACCUCACAGGAAAUAGUGUCUCUCUGUUUAGGUUUGUCCAGGAGAGUCUGUUCACUCCAACUUUGACCUUCAAGCUUCUGAAGCACACGAGUGGAUGCUUGAGUUUAACAAAAGGUUUGGUCCAGGUUAAGUCCGUCUUAUCUUUGCUCGGUAAACCUCAGGCACAGUGGGGCAGCCAAGUUAUUUCAAGAUGAUGAUGAUGUUGGAAUGUUUUCUGUGCUUGAAGCAGCUCACCGUACCGGUUUGCUUACUCCCUUACUAAUUAUACAUUGCCAACGUAAAACACGGAGGGGUUGAUAUUACACCAAUGAUAUAGAAAAUACUUUGAAGUAUGUCCUAUUUACCCCCCUCGUCUUGGAUUUGUUCUGUCUGACCGACUUCACUAUGUGUCUCAAUUAUCUUGUCACUUUUUGAAUUUCCAGCAAAACAGCCAUAUCAUGUAGUUGGGCCUUUUCAGCUCUGCUGUUAUAUCAGGUUAUUUAGUGCUUGCUUUUGAUGCCACACCCUUGAACAGAAAAGACAAUAACCACUCUUUGAGCUUCAUUAUGUCAUUUGACACCCCAACCCCCCCCCCCCCCCCCUGUAAUCACUUGCCAGACCUGUGAACUUAAUGAUCUUGCAUUAUUUGAUUAAAUUGGUUCAGAAGUGUAAUGCUAGUGUGUCUUCACCCCAUCUAAAACGUUUCACAUCAGUCAUUAAUUGAGACAAAAGAUGUGGAGCAGGUCAUUUUUUUUGGGAUUUGUUUCCUACAACAACCCGUCUCUAAUAUUUACGUUUUACACGGUAGUUUUUCUUCCCUAAUGCAGUAGCAAUUCAGUGUUCUGGUUUCCCCGUCCCUAGCACGUUAUAAGUCUUGAUGAAAUUUAAGAUCUUCAUAUUGAUGAUGGCGAAAUAGCCUGAGCUUAUUGAGGUUUAAGUGGGCUACAUACACUUUUAUUUUUUUCUAAUUUUAUUUAAUGGUCAUUAAGAUUCUGAAAAAUCCUUAUGAAUUUAGCUUCAGACGUGAAUGAUGAAUUUCAUUAAUCGGCACAGCACAGUGGUCACUGUAAUGUGUUGCAGUCAGCUGGAAAGCCAUGCCAUGUUCAUAAGAAUGGGUUUACAGACCAGACGAGAGCUUGAGUGUUUAAUUCUGAGCUUUUAUGAAAGCAAAAGCCCUAUAGCCCGUCUAAUCCUACAAUACAGUUCCUUCAGAGCAGCAGAAAGCCAGUAAAACCAUAAUAUGAUGAUGAUGAUGAUGUUCGCUUUAUUUAUCCAGAAUCAUAAUGUGAGUUGGGUUGUGGGAGUGGGUGGGUGUGUGUGUGUGUGCUUUGGGUAAUUGAGAGCCAUUGGUCAGUGAGACACAGUGAAGUUCUGUUUAUCCAAGAUUCAUUGCUUAAUUUACUGUUUGUGGAGAGGGUUUACUCUUCCCUUUCUACUGACUGGGCCUCUAUGGCUUGUGAAGAUAAAUACUUUGGUAGGGAUUUUUUUUUUGGUUUAUUUCUGGCACAGGUGGUUUGAAAUUUGUAUUAACUUCUGAAUGCAGGAAUAGUAUAUUAAGCAUAUUGAAUCAUUUCAGGCGUCCUAACCGCUGCCCGUCCUACUAGGAAUGCGUUCACACCGACCCAGAAUGAGCAAUAAUCAGGCAAGCAUUAAACACUUUGAAGAAAGCUGGCAGAAUUAGUUGUGGAUACGUUUGAGCCCUGAUCAUGACUGCCUAGAGUUUCCCUCUCUCAGUGCUUUUAAUAUCGCUUUAAGUGGAAGGCGGUAGGACAUGGGGAGUUCUGCCAUGAUGUGUAGUAGUCGUGUUGUGUUUGUGACAUUGAGGCUUAGGCUGAAGUGGAAUAGGAGUGUCGCAUGUGAAGUUGCACUCAGAUUUCCAGCGUUGGCUGCCCCACUUUUAUCUCCCACGGAGUUACAAAGCGCAUGCAUCUCUUUUCCUUCAUCUGCUUCCGCUGUCCUCGCAGUGCUCCGUGUUAACUCGCGAUGCAGAUCAUUAUCCGAACUUGACGCUGGUUUUCAAAAUCGGUAAAGAAGUGAGGGAGUCUGUUUGUGUGCGUUCAUUCUUCUGCCCACUUUUCACCUGCUUUCCACUGUUACUUUAUCCUGACAUAGCCUAUAUGCUGCAGUGAGGCAUAUAAUCAGUAUUCGUCAUCUUAAUUGUUUUUGUAUCGACAGGCAUCGCGAAAGGUUGAGUAGAGCUGUCGGAAUGAUUUUCAGUGUUAAUUUCUAAGUGACUAAGUUUCUGCACUCAGCAUUUUUUUUUUUCCUCUAGGAAAAUGAAAGCAAGAUAUUGAGUAUGCUUAGUGUGGGAUGCCACCUCUGUGACAAUAAAAAAAAAAAAAAUUAAUUUAAUUAUUAAACGUGCAUUUACUCUGCCUAGGAUUGUCUAAAUAUACUUUUUAGGAUGUGCAGAUCUGUAAACUUGAAGAGUUGGGUUUUCGAAUCCCGUACUGAAUAUAUCAAGCGAAUGUGUGCCGCUAGCUGCAGUGAGGGUUUGGAGCCGCGGAGUGCCCGAGUGGACGUUUAUCUUGCAGUCUGGGCGAACUGUUUUGGUGUACUCCAUUCGUUUAUUUUUCUUUGAAUGAGGUUUUUUUUUUUAUUUUUUAAGUUGUAUAAUUUAUUUCCUUGCAAAAUAAAGAUGUCUUUUAAGGAGACUGAUACGG